UUGUAUUUUCAUUUUAUUAAAAUAUUGUAAAAAUAGGGGUCAGUUUUCCAUAGAAAGUCCUCCCAGAUUGGCGUUUUGAUUCUACAUAUAUAUUUAUUUAUUUUAUUCCUAAUAUCUAAAGAAUCAUCCUCUUCUAUUGCAUCAUAAUAUAAUAGGCCUAUAUUUAUAAGUCUACAAUUAUUCAAAUUGCCUAAUUGUCAAGGUUAAAAUUUAAAUGGAAUAUUCUAGUCGUUGAAUAUUUUCUAACAUCUAAAUAGGGACCACUUCUUAACCCAUAACUACUAAAACCGAAUAGCAUCAAUGCCCGUAAUACACAAACUUCCCUGCAUAAUUUUAGAAAUUUUUGAUAAAAGGCACAGGAGUUAUUAAUAAAUCUAUAUUUUAUAAGAUAAGUGUAUUAACUGAAUAAGCACUUCAGUCAAACACGUAUUUUUAUUUAAUUACUCGAUAAAAUAAACUGAUAAGAGAGACAAUUGCUGUUGAAAUUGAAUUUGACUUCAAAGCAGACAUGUUAAAUACUACAGAAGUCACCCCUAGUAGUAAUUCAACGAAUAAUUAUACAAAUGACUUAGUUAUUAAUGAAGAUCUUAAAACAGCUCAAGAUGUUUUAAUCAUCAUUUUAAUAAUACUAAUUAUGAUCGCAAUGGGGGCGGAUAUUUGUUGGAAACAGAUUUGGGUGCAUAUUCGAAGGCCAUUCGGUCCUCUAAUUGGUCUGUUUUGUCAAUUUGUAAUGAUGCCAUUCAUCGGUUACAUUUAUAAUUUAAUAUUUAUGUUUGAAACGAGAAUGGCUGCCGGAUUACUUAUUAUAUCGUGUUGCCCUGGGGGUGCCAUCUCCAAUGCUUUCGCUUAUUAUUUAGAUGGUAACGUCUCCUUAAGUGUCACAAUGACUACAAUAUCUACUGUCAUGGCAUUAGGGAUGAUGCCUCUUAACGUAUGGAUCUAUUCAGUUAAAAGUGAAUCUGAUAAGUUGCAUAUACCUUACGAGAAAAUGGCUUUAUCAUUAGUUAUGAUAACUUCUCCGGUACUGAUAGGUAUGGCAAUCAGAUGGAAGGUUCCAAAAUAUUCUGUGUAUGUCACUAAGUGGGGGAGUGCAAUCGGUUGUAUGAUUCUUGUGGCUGUAUUAAUAAUAGAAUUCAUCUCUUUUCGAGAAUCACUACACCAAGUAUCUUGGAAACUAAUCUUAACUUCCAUAUCUAUGCCUAUGACAGGGAUGAUAAUGGGAUAUCUCAUAGCAUUAAUUUGCAGAAGGCCGAGUGAUGUACGUAAGACCAUAUCUAUAGAAAGUGGAAUACAAAAUGCAGCUGUAGCAUUUAGCAUUAUCAUGUUGUCGUUUGAUAUUCGAAAGCACAUCACGAUCCUUUUAAUCCCAUGGUUUUAUGGUACUGCCCAAUUUGUAAUAUGCUUACUUCUUUGUUUAAUUUAUUAUAUUUAUAUAAAGUACUUGAAGAAACAAAAAUCUCUUGAAAAAGAAAAUAUCUUCGAUAAGGAAGACAAAGAGAUUACUAAGCUAUAAUAUCAUUAUCAGUUUAGUAUCAUAUAUAAAUAACAUUAAAUAACUUCUGUAUUUUAUCAAAAGAUUUCUAGUUAUUGAGGAUGGGCAAAUUAUCUCAGAUUAAUAAAAAUUUUACUUCAAACUACCGAAAGUUGAGAAACAAUAUUUUACCUGAUUAUUGUUUGUUGUGUUGAGAAAUAAAAAUAAAAAUAUUUUGCCUCAGAA